CGCCCAUAGCUGACGACGUGGCUGAGAAACGUCUCAUCACCGGCUUUGAGUGGACCGGGGUGAUUCAAAUCGGAGAACAGUCUGUCCUCUCAUUGCUAGUUCGGGAUUUCUAAAGCAUUCGGCGGUCUUUGUAAUAUUUUGACCUCAUCACCGUGCAGUUAUGUUGGGUAAAGUCAAGAGCCGAAAUGCGGCUAACGCGGACUCCAUAGCUGGCGGCGUGUCCUGUGAUGAGCGGAUCUUGCGGGACAUUCAUCAGCUGUACACGGAGGCAGACAGCGGGCUGAUUGCAGUAGCUGAGUCUGUAGGGGUCAAGCUGCUUCCACCCAGGAAGAAAAUCACGGUGAUGCUGAUAGGCAACCACUCUGCUGGGAAAAGCUCCUUCAUCAACUGGUAUGUGGAGGAGCACAUCCAGCGCACUGGUGUGGCUAUUGAGACGCAGGGCUUCAGCUUUGUUACAAGUGGUCGCAAAAGAGAGUCCCUCACGGGAAAUGCAACCCUUCAUCUAUAUCCACAUUUCAAGCCUCUGCAGGAAUUUAAGGGCGUUUCAGAGUACCUGAGCACAGAAAUCUGCACAUCGCGGCAGAAACGGUUCAGCCUGGUGACGUUCGUGGACUCUCCAGGCUUGGUGGACGGAGAUAUGAAAUAUCCCUUUGAUGUAGAUGAGGUGAUCCUCUGGCUGGGUGAUCUUUGUGACCUUAUCCUGGUCUUCUUUGACCCCAUGGGUCAGGCUCUGUGCAAGCGCACCCUCAACAUUGUGGAAUGCCUGAAUGAAAAACAUGGCGAUCGGCUGCGCUUUUAUCUGAGCAAGGCAGAUGAAGCUGGCGGAGAGUCAGACAGACAGAGAGUAAUGAUGCAGAUUGUGCAAGAGCUCUGCAAAAGACCAGGACUCAACAAAUGUGGCUUUGACAUGCCCACCAUUUACAUUCCCAAUCCAAACAAGCCCAGUCGCUGUGUGAACCAGGUUGAGGAUGUCUGUCGUACCAUCGAGAAAACCAUCAACCAGACAGUCCAGAAUACUCUCAACUCCCUGGAGACGGACUGUGAGCUCAUCGGCGAGGCCAUCACGGAUAAACUCACGAAUGACAGGCAGAACAGUCUGGAGAACAGACGGGCCCGCUGCAAGAGCUGCUUCCUGACCCUGCUGGGUUUCUGCAUCCCACUGGCUCUGCUCGGCUUACUGGUGCUGGGGACGUUGUCCCAGGAGCUACUGGUGAUGGCUCUGGGCCGCCAGGGCACAGAGACACUAUCGCUCUAUCUGGCUCCUAUAGUGAGAAUAUUUGAAUCUCUGUCUGGAGAGCAGCAGCUUUAUUGCUGUGGUGGACUGGUCCUUCUCUCUUUCCUGCUGCUCAUCAUUGCACACUUCUCCUUCAGGACUCAGCCGACUCUCUCCAGCAAACAGAAACGGCAGCUCCAGGAGAAGCUCGAGUACAUUCAGGAGGUGGUGAAGACCAAAAAGAAAAAGUUGUAUGAAGAGUAUCUGCGGCAGAGCGUCAGCGAUCAUGACAUGGACUUGUAAAAAAAAAAAAAACCACUUGGGACCAAUAUGCCAAGAUUUCACACCAGCUCAAAGAUGUGUCUUCAUUUCAGAAAACUGCUCCAUGAUCUGGUGCUUUUGACUUUGUCACAGACUGUUAACAUGAUGUCGGCUCUAUAAACGGUACACUACCUGCAGAUCA